AGAACAUAGAGACAGUAUAACAUAGAGGCAGUAGAACAUAGAGACAGUAGAGCAUAGAGGCAGUAGAACAUAGAGGCAGUAGAACACAUAGACAGUAUAACAUAGAGGCAGUAGAACAUAGAGACAGUAUAACAUAGAGGCAGUAGAACAUAGAGGCAGUAGAACACAUAGACAGUAUAACAUAGAGGCAGUAGAACAUAGAGACAGUAUAACAUAGAGGCAGUAGAGCAUAGAGGCAGUAGAGCAUAGAGGCAGUAGAACAUAGAGGCAGCAGAACAUAGAGGCAGUAGAACAUAGAGGCAGUAGAACAUAGAAGCAGUAGAACAUAGAGACAGUAGAUAAUGGAGGCAGUAGAACAUAUUUUUGUGUAGAACAUAGAGGCAGUAGAACAUAGAGACAGUAGAACAUGGAGACUGUAGAACGUGGAGACAGUAGAACAUGGAGAUAUUAGAACAUGGAGACAGAACAUAGAGACUGUAGAACAUAGCGACAGUAGAACAUGGAGACGUAAAACAUAGAGGCGGUAGAACAUAGAGGCAGUAGAACAUACAGACUGUAGAACAUGGAGACAGUAGAACAUGGAGACAGUAGAACAUGGAGACUGUAGAACAUAGAGGCAGUAGAACAUAGACAAUGUAAAACAUGGAGACUGUAGAACAUAGAGGCAGUAGAACAUAGAGGCAGUAGAACAUGGAGACUGUAGAACAUAGAGGCAGUAGAACAUGGAGACUGUAGAACAUAGAGGCAGUAGAACAUGGAGACUGUAGAACAUAGAGGCAGUAGAACAUAGAGACUGUAGAACAUAGAGGCAGUAGAACAUAGAGGCAGUAGAACAUAGAGGCACUAGAACAUAGAGACAGUAGAACAUGGAGACUGUAGAACAUAGAGGCAGUAGAACAUAGAGGCAGUAGAACAUAGAAGCACUAGAACAUAGAGAUAGUAGAACAUGGAGACUGUAGAACAUAUUUUAGAGUAGAACAUAGAACACAAAGAGCAGAGUCAGUACGUUGUUCUCUGACGGUUCUGGUGUUUUUUGUCUCCAGCGGAGCCGACAGGAAGAAUGAGGUCAGCAGCUCUCCGAUGGAGGAGAUCCGGGAGGGGGAGGAGCUUUCUCGCCUUAAGGACCCGUCCCCCUCCCUCUCCCCCUCCUCCCCCCUCUCCCUAACCCCCCAGCAACAGAGACCUGCUCCGUCCGCUGACAGCAGUAAAAGCCACGCCCCCCCCAAAAGAGGAAACAGUGUGAAGCGUUCCUCAGGGAUGGAGCGUUCUCAGAGCAGCACCUUCGACACUUCAGAGGAAAACAGGAACAAACUUGUGAAAGCUGCGUCAACAUCCAAGCUGCUCGCCAAGGUGGUGAAGAAUGCUGACAGACACAAAGACCCAGUUGUCAGUCAAGCCAAAAUGUCGACACGAGAGAAAAACAGCCAAGCUGAGGGGAACCACAUUAAGAUGUUCAUGCGUGGGCGACCAAUCACCAUGUUCAUCCCUUCAGACGUGGAGAACUACGACGACGUUCGGACAGAACUUCCUUCAGAAAGACUCAAGCUGGAGUGGGUCUAUGGUUACCGCGGCAGAGACUGCCGAGCGAAUGUUUACCUCCUUCCGACGGGGGAAAUCGUCUACUUCAUCGCCUCGGUUGUGGCUCUGUUUAACUACGAAGAGCGGACCCAGAGACAUUACCUCGGACACACUGACUGUGUCAAGUGUCUGGCCAUCCAUCCAGAUAAGAUCCGCAUUGCUACGGGACAAAUCGCAGGAGUGGACAAAGACGGACGGGCGCUGCAGCCUCACGUUCGUGUCUGGGACAGCGUCAGUCUCUCUACGCUGCAGGUUGUUGGGAUGGGAACGUUCGAGCGAGGCGUUGGAUCGCUGGCUUUCUCCAAAGCUGACUCGGGGCAGCACCUGAGCGUUAUCGACGACUGUAACGAUCACAUGCUGACCGUUUGGGAUUGGCAGAAGAAGUCAAAGAUUGCUGAGAUCAAGACCACUAACGAGGUCGUCCUGGCCGUCGAGUUCCACCCGACCGACCCGAACACCAUCGUCACCUGUGGGAAGUCCCACAUCUUCUUCUGGACCUGGACUGGGAACUCUCUGGCUCGCAAACAGGGGAUCUUCGGGAAAUACGAGAAACCGAAGUUCGUCCAGUGUCUGGCCUUCCUGAGUUCUGGAGACAUCCUGACUGGAGACUCUGGAGGAAUCCUUCUGGUCUGGACCAGGAGCACUGCCGACACCCCCGGAAAGGGCCCCCGAGCGUUUCAGAUCAGCCGGCAGGUCAAAGGUCACGAGGGCAGUGUGUUCUGUCUGUGUGAGAUGCGGAGCGGCACUCUGCUGACUGGAGGAGGAAAAGACCGGAAGAUCAUCCUCUGGGACCACGAACUGAGAACGGAGAGAGACAUCGAGGUCCCAGAUCAGUACGGAACCAUCCGAGCGCUGUCUGAGGGGAAAGGGGAGGAGUUUUUGGUCGGGACGUCCCGUAACUUUAUCCUGAGAGGAAGCUUCAACGACGGCUUCCUGGUCGAGGUCCAGGGUCACACAGACGAGCUGUGGGGUCUGGCGUCCCACCCGUCGUCCUCGGUGUUUCUGACAUGUGCUCAGGACCGCCUCGUCUGCGUCUGGAGCUCCGAGGAUCACCGUCUGCAGUGGAGCCGCACGCUGGAGGAACACGGACACUGUGCAGACUUCCAUCCCAGCGGAGCCGUGGUCGCCAUAGGAACACACUCAGGAAAGUGGUAUGUUCUGGAUGCGGAGACCACUGACCUGGUGGCGAUCCACACCGACGGGAACGAGCAGCUGUCCGUGAUGCGUUUCUCCGUCGAUGGCACCCUGUUGGCUGUUGGAUCUCACGAUAACUUUAUUUACCUCUACAACGUCUCCGAGAGAGGACGCAAGUACAGCCGCUACGGGAAGUGCUCGGGGCACUCGAGUUACAUCACCCACCUGGACUGGUCACCUGACAACAACUUCAUCAUGUCCAACUCUGGAGACUACGAGAUCCUGUACUGGGACAUUCCGAACGGCUGUAAACUGAUCAGAAACCGCUCCGAGUGCAAAGACAUCGACUGGGCGAGCUACACCUGCGUGCUGGGAUACCACGUCUUCGGUGUUUGGCCCGAGGGUUCAGACGGCACCGACAUCAACGCUCUGAUCAGAUCUCACAACAGGAAGGUGAUCGCUCUCGCUGACGACUUCUGCAAAGUUCACCUGUUCGCCUACCCAUGCUCCACGCCCAAGGCUCCCAGCCAUAAGUACAGCGCCCACAGCAGUCAUGUGACCAACGUCAGCUUCCUGUUUAACGACAGUCACCUGAUCUCGACGGGGGGGAAGGACACCAGCAUCAUGCAGUGGCGUCUGGUGGAGAAAUCUUCUCUCUCGCUGCCCGACGGCCUCCUCUCUAACUCCGCCCCCCACCGGGCCGACCCGCUGUUUACCCCCCCCACUGCUGCUGCAGCCACGCCCACGCAGGACCCCCUGCCGACAGCCACGCCCACGCAGGACCCCCCCCCUCCGCCGACAGCCAAUGGGACGCAAGAAGCGUCCCCGGACUCGCCUCCGCCCACAGAUCUGGCCCCGGCGCUGUCAGCGUUAACCCCGCCCCCAGCUGAGUUAACUCCACCCCCCUCAGACAGCACCCUGAGUCUGAAGGACAGCCUGGAGCCCAGCGACGACACGGCCACACCCCCCCUCACGCCCCCCUCAUAGACAGGAAGGGGUUCAGAUAUCUGUUCUGGAUGAAUGGAUUGGUUGUUUGGUCUCUAAAAUGUCAGAAAAUGGUGAAAAAUGUGGAUCAGUGUAGGGCAGCUCGAUUAUGGAAAAAAAUAUAAUCACGAUUAU